AUGCAUGCGUGGGUGAGCGACCCGAUCAAAUCUGCGAUCAGCUCGGGCAACCUUGCAAUCGUGCAGUUGCUGCAGCGGCACGGGGCGACUCUGCAGGGUCGGCACAUGGUCACCGCCCUGUCCCGAGCUGAGCGUCCAUCUAUGGAGAUGCUGCAGCACCUGGCGCCGGCCCUCGGCCCAGGCGUGUGGCGCGAGUGUCUCACCUCGCCCGCGCUGCAGCGAGGCGACGUCGCCGUGUGCCGCUUCCUCGUCGAUCACGGCGUCGACAUCAACUUCGCAUUCGGCAGUGGUUGCGAUCUCGGUCUGUGCACAGCUCUGCACCACGCCGUGCUGUACAACUACGAGGAGAUGGCGCGAUGUCUCUUGGAAUGUGGCGCACGCGCUGACGUCAAAACCAAGGGCAUGCGCAUGACGGCCUUGAGCCUCGCGCGUCAGUACGCCAACAAAGCGUCGCGAGUCGUCACCACGCACCGCCCUGGCAAGCGGAAGCGAAAGAGCACCAGCGAGGCCGACAAGAAAAAGAACGAAAACGACAACGAAAACGAAAACGAAGAUAAAGAGGACAAAGAGAAGAAGAACGAAGACGACGACGACGAAAAGAAUGAUGACCACGACGCCAAGACCAAGCCCGCGAAGAAGAAGCAGAAGCAGAAGGAGGCGUCGGCAGAAAAGCGCGAGGAGAAGGAGCUGGAGGCCGAGGUGCGCCGACUGGCCAAGCUCAAGGACGACGCCAAGCUCGACGUGUUCACUCUCCGGCAGAUGCUGCGGCGCCGGGGUGUUCUCGCUGGCGACGUGCCCAAGCGCAAGCUGCCGCUCCUCCAGCUCACCGUCGACUGGCUCUCUGCCGGCAACUGA